AUGCAAGAAUUGUCUACCCAAAGCGGAGUUUCUGGUUAUGGCUUGCUGUACGGUCCGUCUGGUACGGCUACUCAGACAGUAUCCAAAAGAAAAUACGGGAGUCCAGCAAUUCGUAAAGAUACGCAAUUGGUGCUUUCCAAGAACUCACGAUUGUCGCAGGCGUGCGAUCGAUGCAGAAUGAAAAAAAUCAAAUGUGACGGUGCCAGACCGUCGUGUGCAGCUUGCAACAAAGUGGGAUUCCAAUGUCGUCACAGCGAUACGCUUUCCAGAAGAGGAACUCCCAAAAAUUACACAGAAGCAUUGGAAAAAGAAGUGGUGCGUUUGCAAAAACUGGUCGCAGAGACGCAAACGAAACCAUGUUCGAAAAUGACCAGUUUAGAGCCCGCCCAGUGCUCGUCCAAGGCGCCACCUGCAGUCAAGGAUUCAAGACCCAGUCCGUUUCUUGAGCUUCCAUUCAUCAACGACACUUUUCAUUUAUACGAAAAUCGUAUUGUUGGUGAUGGCCAAUUUAUAGGUCAUGCAACAUGGAACGUCUUGGUCGACUCAACAUCAGAACUAGCGACUGACGUCUUGCCUAACGAGGACGAUUGGUUAUUGCGGUACUUAAUCCAGCAAUUCCAACUUUCGCACGAUCUUAUCCCCACAGUACUGCUGUCCAAGUACCACAAUGAUGCAAUCUUGUGCGGGAAACAAAUCAGGAAAAGCACGGCAUAUUUUCUGGAAACUUCAAUGGCGCUGGUGCCCAUUUUGAACUCCAGGUCGUGGCCUCAUGAGCUUGUCAAGGUCCCGCAUUCGAGAACUGUGCACCCUGCCGUUCUUCUCGCCAAUCUAUUGAUCUGUCAAUGGAAAUGGUCAUGUUUCAGCGACGAUGCACUGUUUACCGCCACCAAAAUCGUUUGCUUGAAUUCCACUCAACCUCUUCUACGAUUGCAAUGUCUGCUGCUAGCGGCAUUUUAUUUCAUGGGCACUCCCGGUGCAGCGCUGCUGACCAAAACUUCGACUGCGCCUUUCGCGUCUCAACUUUUGAAAUUGGCAUACGGUGAAAUGACCAACAUGGGACUCUUCAUCAACAGUCAUCGACUAACACCUGUCCAUACAAGUUCCAAUCUGAAUCACACAGAAAGACUAAUCACUUUUUGGUGUUUUCAAUUUCUAGACUCGUGGUGGACAUUGAUCCAAGGCAUUCCCAAAACAAAUUUCACCGGGGACGAAUUUUUGCCGCCCAAAAUAUCAGCUCUGAACAAUCCAAAGCUCAAACCGUUCGAACUAUUACUGGACUUUGUCUUUGGUUGCCUUGACGGUUGCAAUCUCUUAAAGGCUCUGUCUCGAGGUGGAAGUUCUCAUAUGGUUUACUUAUUGGAGACGUUUCGCAAACAACUGGUCCAUUUCAAUCUUUAUCACGACUCCAAGGACGAUGACGCUCUCAAUUUAUUCACUUCAGUGACAAAACUGGACCAGCCCUUGGCCACUGAAAUUCAACUGACUCUUUUUUAUCUUGUUGUUUCUCUUUUGGCGCAUGUUCAGUCCUAUAAUGCGGCACUAGCCAAGAAAGUCACUUUUGAAGCUCAACAUAUUAACGCUGAGCCAAGCAUUCCAGUCGAUGAAUCGAGCCAACGGGAAAAAUCUUCGAGAGUCUUGACCACUCAAAGAGAAAAUGCUUACGAAAUUUUGAUGCUUUACUAUUUUGUUAUGGUAGACUCCACUGAUAGCAAGCCCGUGGCUCCGUCACAACUGAAACCUUUGCAUUUUUUACCGUGUGAUAAUCUCGGCGUGAUAAAGCUAUGCCUGCAGAUUUUGGCAUCGUGGGCAUCAUCAAAGCUGACAAAAAGCAGCCCUGAUUAUGAUACCAUUUUUCAAAGAUGCCAAUGUAUUGUUGACGCUUGGUGUAACAUCUGGUAUUUUGAUGAAACCGAGGACGAACUGCUCGUGCGUUUGCAAAAAAUCUUCCAAUUCAACCUCAGGACUCCCCUACAGAAAAAGGCACAGACCUUUGAUAAGUUAUUGUACUUGCACUCGGUAAAGUUGCAAAAUAGACGGAUUCUGAUCCAGAAUCAAUUUAGCGACGCGGCUUCGAAAGAGCAUGUGGAGGACCCUUUCAACAGCUUAUACGGUGUGGACGGUAUGGCAAUGCAAUUACCCACUUCGGAGACCAUAAGUGCUCUUUUCAACCCGCUCGCAAUGCAGGAAGAGGACGAGGGCUAUGCUGAAGAUGAUGACGAAGAUGAUGAGCCCUUUUUGGAAAUCUCACUGGGGAGGAGAAAACAGCUUUACCCAAAGCAAGAUACAGUCUCACACCCCCAGUUUGAGCAUUCUCGUUCCAGUUCUCUCUUUGAUAACCGUCAAUCGGCACCAAUUUCCAAGCGGUUUUCCAUUGACGUGAAGGAUCAGCAGGCAGGCAGCAACGGUGUGCGCGAAAAGGAUGGGUUUUUGAAGAACCGGAUGGGUCUCAACGAAAAGUGGCCCUCUGAUCAUUACCUACUGGUACAAGAUCUACAAAAGCCAUCACCGGCAGUGGGAACACCUCGGUCUUUAGCAGAUCUACUGUGUCCCAGCACAGAUGUCGUAGCCCCAGCACAGACAAAUGAAAGCUCCAAAGUUCCGAUCAAUUGA